CCAGUUUACUCACGCGUCGCGAACAAAACACCAAUUUGCCAAAGAAAAAAGUUCAAUGUCAUUCAUCCAAUUUAGGCAUGAAGAUGUGAAUAUGAUGAUUGGUGUGGUAGCGGCGUUUUUGCAAUCAAGUCGCUGGCUGUUGCGUAGUUCGCGCAAGGUCAGUCUACUCCCGCAGGUGACGACGGCGACGGUGGAUCGCUGUUAACGGUAAACCCUUGCGCCCACUCCCUAUCAGUUUGACCGUGGUGACUGAUAAACCAAAAUCGCGUUCGCUUAAUCGCCUGUGCUUACACACAGUGAGAUAUCGAAGAAUUCCGCACCCGUGGUACCGUAGUUCAUUCGCGAGUGUUCCCCACUAGAUAGAAGACGGUUCCAACAAGUUACACACGGCAAACAUGCUGCGGAAAGCGGUGAAAGUGAACAACUCCGUUGUGGUCAGUUCGGUACGGUUCCGCAGCACACAGGCCCAGCCAGCAGCGGCGCCAGUAGCUGGCGCUUCGGUACAUGAAGUCAGAGAUUCGGAAUGGGACAGUGCCUUGCCGUACAGUAAAAUUCCUGGGCCGAGCGUGUUCAAGAUGCUGAAAGAUUUCGCUCCGGGAGGUCGCUACCACAAUGCCAACCUACCGACGAUGCAUCGACUCUUCCGGGAGGACUACGGCGAACUGGUUCGGAUGCCGGGCUUUCUGGGACGCAACGAUGUCCUGCUGAGCUUCCGACCGGACGACUAUGAAACACUGUUCCGCAACGAAGGACAGUGGCCUAUUCGACGUGGUAUUGAUACCUUCACAUACUACCGACAGAAGGUUCGACCGGAUGUUUUCAAGGGUCUGGGUGGAUUGGUUACUGAGCAGGGAGAAAACUGGCAGACUUUCCGAACGGCGGUCAACCCGGUUAUGCUACAACCGAAAAUUGUCAAGCUGUACGUGGACAAGUUGGACGCCGUUGCACAGGAGUUCAUGAAGAUCAUGGUGAGAAUUCGUGACGACAAAAAUGAACUCCCCGGGGACUUCAGUCAGUGGUUGAACCGGUGGGCGCUGGAAACAAUGGGUGUCCUGGCCUUGGAUACUAGAUUGGGCGUGUUGGACGACUCGGAAUCGGAGGAAGCCAAGCUCAUCGUGAACAACAUCCGACAGUUCUUUGAAUUGACAUACCAGUUGGAUGUGCUGCCGUCCGUUUGGAAAUAUUACAAAUCACCGACGUUCAACAAGUUGAUGAAGGUGCUCGACAGUCUGACUGAGGUUGUCAUGGCAAAGGUCGAUGAUGCCGUAGUCAGGCUGGAAAAGAAUCCUUCGGCUCCGAGCGAUACCCAGAGUGUCCUGGAGAAGUUGUUGAAGGUAGAUCGUCACGUUGCUAUUGUCAUGGCGUUUGACAUGUUGCUGGCUGGAGUAGAUACUACUUCUACGGGAACUACAGGUAUCCUGUACCUCCUGGCCACCAAUCCGGACAAGCAAGCCAAACUACGUGAGGAGCUACGAACGGUUCUUCCGAAGAAGGAUUCACCGCUCACUCCUGAAAACAUGCGAAACCUUCCAUACCUGCGUGCAUGCAUCAAGGAAGGCCUCCGGCUGUGUCCACCGACCGCGGGAAAUGUUCGAGCAGCCGGAAAAGAUAUGGUUCUUCAAGGUUAUCAGAUUCCGAAGGGGACUGACGUAGCCAUGGCUUCGAUGAUCCUGAAUCACGAGGAGAAAUUCGUUGAACGGGCAAAGGAUUUCCUGCCGGAGCGUUGGCUAAAGGAGGAAGGCUAUCCAAAUGCCAAGGAUGCUCAUCCGUUCCUGUAUUUGCCGUUUGGGUUUGGGGCGAGAACCUGUAUUGGGCGCCGUCUGGCCAUGCUGGAGAUGGAGAUGAUCGUGUCCCGAAUUACUCGCCAGUUCGACUACCGGUGGAACUACGGAGAGCUAGAGAUUCGUGCUACGCUCAUCAACGUUCCGAUCAAUGAGCUCAGGUUCCAGAUGACCGAACUGGACGAUAACAAAAUGCAAUUGAAGCGCUUCUCUGGUGUUCUAACAUCAAGUUUAAAUUUGUAUUAUGGGAGGUCUUGUGUAGUACCAUUUCGUACCUAUAUUUCACAACCUGCGCCUUCCUCCGAGGGAAAAGACUCCGAAUGGGAUAAUGCUCUACCGUACGAAAACAUUCCCAGAAUGAAAUUCCUUCAAUCGAUAAAGAACUUCAUACCGGGAGGACGAUACCAUGACGUCAGCGUCACGGAUAUGUAUCGUCUUCUUCAGGAAGACUUUGGCGACCUGAUACGGUUCCCCGGAAUUCUCGGCCGCAAGGACAUCGUUAUGACCUUCUUGCCGGAUGACUUCGAAAAGGUUUUUCGAACGGAGGGUCAAUGGCCGACCCGACGAGGUAUGGAUACUUUUGUACACUACCGGAAGGAGGUUCGUCCGGAAUUAUUCAAGGGCGUAGGAGGUCUGGUUACCGAACAAGGAGAAAGCUGGCAAAAGUUUCGGACCAUCGUGAACCCCGUAUUGCUGCAACCCAAAACCGUUCGACUGUACGUCGAUAAAUUGGACGAAGUCACUCGGGAGUUCAUGGCUAUAAUGCUGAAAAUUCGCGACGAGAAGAAUGAACUACCAGCUGAUUUCAAUCUGUUGAAUCGAUGGGCUCUAGAAUCAACUGGUGUACUAUCAGUAGAUUCGCGACUGGGAGUUCUAGAAGAGCAAGAAUCCAAAGAAGCCCGAAGAAUUGUUCAGCUCACAAGGGAGUUAUUUGAACUCGUAUAUCAGCUGGACUUCCGUCCAUCGAUUUGGAUGUACUAUAAAACACCAAAGUAUCAUCGACUGAUGAAAGUAUUCGAUGAGUUGACUGCCAUAGCAAUGGCAAAAGUAGACGAAGCCGUCAUAAGAUUGGAGAAAAAUCCGUCAACUUCAACCGACACACAAAGUGUAUUGGAAAAACUGCUGAAAAUUGAUCGAGACGUCGCAAUUGUCAUGUCCUUCGAUAUGGUUCUGGCAGGGGUGGACACGACGACUUCUGCCAUAGUCGGAAUUUUAUUCUGCUUAGCCAAAUAUCCGGAAAAGCAAACGAAACUACGCGAGGAAUUACGAAGCAUUCUACCGAAGAAGGAUUCUCCUCUGACUCCGGACAGCAUGCACAAUCUUCCUUAUCUGCGGGCUUGCAUCAAGGAAGGCAUUAGAUUGUUCCCACCUGUGGGAGGAAAUUUUCGAGCUACCGGAAAGGACAUCGUCUUACAGGGCUACCGUAUUCCUAAAGGGACGGACGUCGCCAUGGGUUCCAUGGUAGCUCAACAAAGUGACCGUUUCGUUCCAAGGGCCAAGGAAUUUCUGCCCGAACGAUGGUUGAAGACGAAGGAGCCCGGUUGUCCCCAUUCCAAGGAAGCACAUCCUUUUGCAUAUCUGCCGUUUGGAAAUGGGCCUCGUACCUGCGUUGGACGACGACUGGCCAUGCUGGAGAUGGAAAUCCUAGUAGCAAGGAUCACUCGGAUGUUUGAGUAUCGUUGGAACUACGAGGAUUUAAAGAUCCAGACUACGCUGGUCAAUACGCCGGUCAAUGAUUUGAAGUUUCAGAUGGUGGAAGUUGAUAAUUGAUUCCAACUGAUUGUAGAUACCUUUGGAGGCAUUACACGAUGCUUUUGAGGCUGGAAAUCAGCUUUCUACAAAAAAUAAGGUUCAUACAAAUUUCAUUUUGAAUUUUAGUCAUCCCCACCUUUAAAAUUGUUUGGCUAGAUUUUGCAUUUUGAGGGGGUGGUUAAAAAAACAUUAAAAUAGGCUCAAGCUAAAAAUUCUUUAACAAAUCAGUUUCUAUUACUUUUUAGAUUCAAUGCUGUAUCAUUUUGAAAAUCCCCCCCUCGACCAGCCUAAGAGUAGUGGGACAAUUAGUGAAAUAAAUAUUUGUAACGAUCUUAUAAGCAAAUCUAAGGAUAAAGUUUUCUGAAAAUUGAAAUUAUAUGACAUCUAACAUAGUCCAUAGAUGAAUAA